GAACGUAAAGUGUUAUCUAUAUUACGUUUGUUUCACACGUUUUAGAAAAUCAUGAAGGGCGAGUGAGAUCCAUCCGUUUGCCUCUAACUAACUUGUAGGCUUCGCUUGCCCAUUAAAACAUUUUCUCUGGCAGGGAAAUUGCUCUACCACCAGCAUCAGCAGCCACUGCUUCUUGAUGUUGUGGUAAGAAAUGCGCAUGCGUCCCACACUGGAAUUACUGCACUGGCCAGAAUAAGUUGGAUCUCGUCUGUCUUCACUGAAAUCCAAAAUCAUAUCAAAACUAUGGCGGUGUUGAAAAUAAGAAAAAUGAGCUGCUUUGGGGUUUGGACCUUUCCUGUAAUAGUGGCCGUGGUCUGUGCGCAAAGUGUCAAUGACCCUAGCAAUAUGUCAAUCGUAAAAGAAACUGUGGAUAGACUGUUGAAAGGAUAUGACAUUCGCUUGAGGCCGGAUUUCGGAGGUCCCCCUGUGGGAGUGGGGAUGAAUAUAGACAUAGCCAGCAUAGACAUGGUAUCGGAAGUCAAUAUGGACUAUACAUUGACUAUGUAUUUCCAGCAAGCUUGGCGAGACAAGCGGUUAUCCUACUCAGAGAUUCCCCUCAAUCUCACCCUGGAUAACCGGGUAGCGGAUCAGCUGUGGGUCCCGGACACCUACUUCCUAAAUGACAAGAAGUCUUUUGUCCAUGGUGUCACUGUGAAAAACAGAAUGAUUCGACUGCAUCCAGAUGGCACUGUGCUCUAUAGCCUGAGGAUCACCACUACAGCAGCUUGUAUGAUGGACCUGAGACGAUAUCCACUGGACGAGCAAAACUGCACAUUGGAGAUAGAGAGCUAUGGGUACACCACUGAUGACAUAGAGUUCUACUGGCGAGGAGGUGACAACGCUGUGACGGGGGUGGAGAGAAUAGAACUCCCCCAGUUCUCCAUUGUGGACCACAAACUCAUCUCCAAGAAUGUUGUCUUCUCUACAGGAUCCUACCCCCGACUCUCCCUCAGCUUCAAGCUAAAAAGGAACAUUGGCUAUUUCAUCCUGCAGACCUACAUGCCCUCUAUCCUGAUCACAAUCCUCUCCUGGGUCUCCUUCUGGAUCAACUAUGAUGCCUCUGCUGCCAGGGUGGCUUUAGGAAUCACCACUGUGCUGACCAUGACCACCAUCAACACUCACCUGCGGGAGACCCUUCCUAAAAUCCCUUAUGUCAAGGCCAUUGACAUGUACCUGAUGGGCUGCUUCGUCUUCGUUUUUCUGGCCCUGCUGGAGUACGCCUUGGUCAACUACAUCUUCUUCGGCAGGGGACCCCAGCGCCAGAAGAGGGCGGCUGAGAAAGCAGCUGUCGCCAACAACGAGAAAAUUAGAAUGGAUCCAAACAAGUGGUUGGUGGGAAAUGUAGUUCAGAGAGACGAUACUCUGUAUGCGAGAAUGAAACAGAGGGAUAUUGACGCUCAUGACUCAAUGUGGGAACCAAUCUUUGUGGAUGACGCAGCGAUGGGACUAGGCGAUCAAAAGAAUAAGAUGGACCCACAUGAAAACAUUCUGCUGGGCACAAUAGAAAUUAAGAAUGAGAUGGGAGCGUCGGAGCUGACCCUUGGUCUCAGUGACCCCAGGAGCACAAUGUUAACUUAUGACAGCUCCACCCUGCAGUACCGCAAAGCAGGGCUGCAGGCCAGGCACAACUUUGGACGCAACACUCUGGAGCGGCAUGUAACUCAGAAGAAGAGCCGGCUACGGAGACGUGCUUCCCAGCUGAAGAUUAACAUUCCCGACUUAACUGAUGUAAACUCUAUCGACAAGUGGUCGAGAAUGAUCUUCCCCACUGUAUUUUCCUUGUUCAACAUUAUCUAUUGGCUCUACUACGUUAACUAAAUGGACUUCAGCAAGGGCAGAACAAAACAAACAGCAAAAAUGUUGCUUGUUUUUCUCUGAAUUUGUAUUUUGCUGUUUGUUCUUGCAACACAAGACUGAAUUACUGAAACAAAAUCAGGACCGAUUCCAUUUGAGCUUGGAACACCUUAAUUGCUGGCUAACACAUGAAAACCUUAGAGGAGAGAAAGAUUCAGAACAUAUAUGGUGCCUGUACCAGAGUUUAUAAUUUAGAUUAUUUAGUGAAUAUAGUAUUUUAUCAUUUUUAAGUGUUUGUUUGCAUAUAUUUUUGUUUUAUUUGUACAAUAUAUAUUUAAUUUGUUGCCAAAACAUAGUUAGAAAUAUUAAUGAUAUAUUGAUUUUAAAAUGACUCACAGACCACAAAGACAUUCCUUAAUACAGCUACAAGCACAUUCAGGUCAAUCUUUUCUAAGGUGUAUUCAUUCAAAGAGACAGAUGUGAUGUUAUUUAUCCUACAAUUGAUUUUGUCUUUAUAUUGUGAAGUUUCCAUUUUCAUAGUAUUGCUAUAUGAAGUCAUAGCAUGAGGGUUUUAUGAUGAACUAACCUUUUCUACGUUGAUAUAGUUGACAAAUCAUAAGCUUUCUUUUAAGCAUUAUUUCAAUUCUAAGAAAACAUUUGAUAUUUCAAACAACAGAAACUAACAUCAUUCCAAACCUUGACCGAAGAAACUAGAAGUUCAAGCGUAUAGACGAUUCACAUUGAAUGCUAUAGCACACCGUACAGAGAAAUGUAUCACUAAGUGUAUCAAAUGUAUCACUUGAUUGAUAAAAUGUCAAGCCCCCUGUCAACUGAGAGGUUGAAUAUAUUGCAAAAAAAGGGGGACAGAAGAAGAGAGAGAGACUAAGAAAGAGAAUGCUGCAUUAGUCAUCAAUGCAGUUCACCAGUCAGUGAUACAGGGAUAGAUGCUGUAUGUGAUCAAAAGGUAACUUGAAGAUAGAUACACAAAUGUGUAUCUUAAUAUUGUCCUUUUGUCCAUUUUAGUCCUUUGUUCACAUAUCCUUAAGAUUACAGGAUACAAUGAUGUAUUUGUUCAUGCUUGCUCUUCAUAUAGAUAUACAGAAACACACAUUGGCUCUAGUUUGUUAAGAAACAUCCGAUAGCAUCAGAUAUGUCAUGCCUAGUCCUAAUGACUGAUGACAUUGAGCCAGCAGUUAAGGCGUCUAUCAUGGGCAUUUUGUGAUGCAUCACAAGCCAUUCUUUUCUGUCACAAUGAUGUGUAAAUAUCUCCUGUAAAUGAUUGAUUGUUUAAAAAGGAAUGAUAUCUAUCAUAGUUCCAGAGAGGAUCCAUCCAGCAUUUGUCCAUGACAUAAUUCACUUCAGGAAGCUGGAAGGGUUUGCAUGACGGUUUUGAGCAACUCCACAUACUAAAUAUACAUUGUCAUGACUGCCAUUACUAACAUCCAGGUUUCGAUAUUAACCAUACAAAAGAGAGAAAAGCCUGCUCCUGCAAGCUGGUAAGACAAACUAGAAUACAUAAAAGCACAAUACUGCUCCAAAUCUCAAAUGAAAAGGGACUGUCCUCUUUUAUUUUAAAGAUAUGUUUCUUUUUUGGUUAUCAGUGCAUUCCAUUACUCUACAUUUUUGACAAAUCAUUACCAUAAGUAUACUGUAACAAUACUACUUUUCCUUAAUUUUUUACCUUAAUUGUGAUACUCCAUAAAGAAUCACGCCUAGGUAUAGCAUUGCCAGUAGUAGAAUCAGCAUUCAACAUACAGUGUAGUGUAUUCAGACACCUUGACUUUUUCAACAUUUUAUUACGUUACAGCAUCAUUCUAAAAUUGAUUAAAUCGUUUUCCCCAGCUCAUCUAUACAUAAUACCCCGUAAUGACAAAGCAAAAACUGUUUUUUUAUAAAAUGUUUCAAAUUUAUUUCAAACUGAAAUUACAUUUACAUAAAUAUUCCUUACCCUUUACUCGGUACUUUGUUGAAGUCUUGAGUCUUCUCGGGUAUUACGUUACAAGCUUGGCACACCUGUAUUUAGGGAGUUUCUCCCAUUCUUCUCUGCAGAUCUACUCAUGCUCUGUCAGGUUGGAUGGGGAGCGUCAU